AUGGUGCGCCUUAGGGAGAUUCCCCGAACGGCCACGUUUGCCUGGUCUCCCGGUGCCCAGGCGCCCCUGUUAGCUACUGGAACAAGGGCUGGUGCUGUGGAUUUUGAUUUCUCCAACGAGACCAGCUUGGAGUUGUGGGACCUUGGACUCGAUAAGGAGAAUGUCGGGGAGUUGCAACCACUGGCCAAGGUCGGCACAGACUCGGGCUUCCAUGAUCUCGCCUGGAGCGAUCAUUACGACAACAAGCGGGGAAUCGUCGCUGGAGCUCUCGAUAAUGGAUCACUCAAGCUUUGGGAUGCCGACAAACUUCUGAAUGGGGCAAGCGACGCAUUGGUAGCCUCUCCACAGAAGCACAACGGUGCCAUUAAAGCUCUACAAUUCAACCCGAAACAUUCGAACCUCCUCGCUACUGGUGGCAUGAAAGGAGAGCUCUUCGUUACGGACUUGAAUAACGUCGAGAACCCGUUCCGUCUCGGAAACGCCGCUCGUGCCGACGACAUCGAAUGCUUGGAUUGGAAUAAGAAGGUUGCGCAUAUCUUGGUGACAGGUACCAGCGGUGGUUUUGUCACCGUUUGGGAUGUCAAGACAAAGAAAGAGAGCCUUACCCUUACCAACUACAACCGGAAACCCGUCAGUGCUGUGGCUUGGGACCCUGAAAAGCCAACUAAAUUGGUGACAUCUACUCCCUCGACAUCAGACCCAGUUAUCCUCGUUUGGGACUUACGAAACUCUCAUGCGCCUGAACGGAUCCUCAGAGGCCACGAAGACGGAAUCUUAUCACUCUCAUGGUGUGCUCAAGAUCCCGAACUCCUUUUGUCAUCUGGCAAGGAUAACCGAACAAUUUGCUGGAACCCCCAGACGGGUGAGAACUACGGAGAGUUGCCAAUUGUCACGAACUGGACUUUCCAAACACGAUGGAACCCACAUAACCCCAACUUCUUCGCUACUGCUUCUUUCGAUGGCAAGAUCACCAUUCAAACAGUUCAGAACACGAGCCAGGAGGCUGCCCAGGCCGCAGCUACCCAAAACCAAUCACUAGACGGAGAAGAUUUCUUUGCGCGUGCACAGAACCAGCCUCAGGCUACCACAUUUUCCUUGCCAAAAACUCCCAAGUGGCUGGAGAGGCCCGUUUCGGCAUCUUUCGGUUUCGGUGGUAGAGUCGUCUCGGUGGCUCUGACUGAUAUUGCUAGCCGUACCUCAAAAGUCCGAAUUACCCCCUUCCAGGUGGACUCUAAUGUUGGUACUGCUGCAGAAAGUUUUGAAGCAGCUCUGAAAGAAGGCAACCUUAAAAGCAUUUGCCAGUCGCGCAUCGAAAGUGCAUCUACCGAGGAAGAGAAAGCCGACUGGAAAGCCAUUGAGAACUUGCUUUCGGAAAACCCACGCAAGGAUAUUGCAGCCUAUCUUGGGUUCUCCGAUGAUGUCAAUGAUGUUGCCGAUGAAGUGGGCAAGUUGGAUAUAAAGGAUCAGACAAAUGGGGAACUUUCGCCGGCAUCAGCUGAUUCGAAGAAGAAGCAUAAACGUCUCCAAUCCAUCUUCGAUACGUCCGGAGAGCCUGAUAACUUCUUGACAGACUUGGCUGCUUCCAAGGGCGCGCGGACUAACAACCCAUUCAGCAUCUACACUGGAAGCGAGUCUGAGGCGGAUAAGUCAAUUACAAGAGCACUUUUCUUGGGACAAUUUGAGCGGGCUCUUGAUAUUGCACUUCAAGAGGAUCGUUUAUCUGAUGCAUUCAUGAUUGCUGUUUGCGGUGGCGAUAGAUGCGUUGAGAAGGUGCAGGAAGUGUACUUCUCGAAACAAACUGGGGGACCGAAUUACGUCCGUUUGUUGGCCUCAAUCGUUGGCAAGAAUUUGUGGGAUGUUGUUCACAAUGCGGAUCUUUCUAACUGGAAAGAGAUCAUGGCGACAUUGUGCACCUUUGCUGAUGAGAAGGAGUUCCCUGACCUUUGCGAAGCCCUUGGUGACCGACUAGAGGAGCAAGCCCAUGCAGACUCCGACAAGAGCAUUCGCAAGGAUGCUUCCUUCUGUUAUCUGGCAGGUUCGAAAUUGGAGAAAGUGGUGACUCUCUGGCUCGAGGAGUUCAAGGAAGGCGAAAAGGCAGGCAUUGAUCAAGCUCAGGAGGGAUCUAGUUUCUCCGUGCACGUCCGUGCCUUGCAAGCAUUCAUUGAGAAAGUUACUAUUUUCCGCCAAGUGACAAACUAUCAGGACACUGAUCGCCAGAAGGAUGGCGACUGGAAGUUAGGCGUCCUAUAUGACAAGUAUAUCGAGUACGCCGAUGUUGCUGCUUCCCACGGUCGUCUUGAUGUGGCAGAGCGGUAUCUUGGACUUGUCCCAGACAAGUACGACGAAGCCGAGGCUGCCAGGAACCGAAUCAGACUGGCCACAAGGAAAGCCCCAGCCGUUGCUACCAAGGCUACCAAGGCCGCUGCUCAGGUCCCGCAAGCACGAACAAGCUCCCUCCCACAGCCCAACAUCUACCAACCACCUCAAUCAACCUUCAGCCCUGCACCACCUGUUAGCAACCCAUAUGCUCCUACAAACACUCCACCACCUGUUGCGCCUGCUCAACAAUCUAAUCCUUAUGCUUCUUUUGGAGCUAAUCCUUAUCAGCCAACUGGUGGCUAUCAACCCGUGCAAGCUCCAAAGCCACCCGUUGCACCUCCACCACAGCAAUAUGGUGUUCCUGCCCCCGGAGGGGUACCGCCGCCUCCUAGGGGAUACAGCCAGUCUCCUUCUGCAUCUCAAAUCACAACUUACACGACCAGAACUGACCUUCCCGCCUGGAAUGACCUGCCUGAAGGAUUCGGAGCUCAGAAGCCAACAUCGCGACGCGGCACACCGGCUGCAGUUGCCACUCCUUUCCCCGGUCAACAGCCAUGUGUUGUAUCCCCAGGCUCCCCGCCAGUUGGACCUCCUGUAAGCGGACAAAGAGCACCUCCUCCACCGCCAAAGGGUGGUGCCCCCCCACCUCGUAUCACAUCACCUCCAGUUGGCCCUCCCAGAGCAUCCUCGGUGUCUUCAAACCCACCGGCGCCUUUCAAUGCAUAUGCUCCUCCAGCGACAACACAGUCCCCGCCUACAGUGCCGGGAUUAGCCAUGCCUCCACCUAUUCCACGUGGCCCGUCUCCUUACAAUGCACCUCCUUCUGGCCCUCCACCAACGAACCGAUAUGCCCCUAGCCCUGCCGCCCAAGCUGCACCGCAAACGAGACCUCCCCCAAGUGGUCCGUAUGCACCUCCACAGCAAGCUGCUGCUCCCAGCCCGUAUGCGCCAGUCGCUGGGGCUGCUCCUCAAGCCGGGCCACCCCCAACAGGUCCCUCUGCUGGACCACCACCAGCCGCCGGAUCGCGACCAGGAACUGCGCAGUCACAGACACAGAAGAAGGCGGCACCGCCUCCACCUAAAUACCCCCCCGGUGACCGAUCUCACAUUCCAUCCAACGCCGCUCCCAUCUACGAGAUUCUCUCCAACGAUAUGCAGCGCGUAAAAUCGCGGGCCCCAGCAUCUUUCAAAGCCCAAGUUGACGAUGCCGAAAGAAGACUAAACCUUCUCUUCGACCAUCUUAACAACGAGGAUCUCCUCAAGCCCAACACAAUUGCGGAUAUGGUCGAGUUGUCCAAGGCGAUACAGGGCCGGGACUAUGAGACUGCGAAGAACAUUCAUCUUGAUAUUUUGACGAACCGGACUGACGAAUGUGGUAACUGGAUGGUCGGCGUAAAACGCCUCAUUAGCAUGAGCCGAGCAACUCCUUAG